AUGGAUCAAGCUGAAGAGACGGCAAUUUUCUCAGCCGAGUUUAUACUUGAGUGGAACGAUGCUUUUCUAAAAUGGGACCCGGUAGAAUUCGACGGUCGGAAAAAAAUCAAAAUCAAGGAACAGCUCGUUUGGCGUCCGGAUGUUAUAGUAUCUACGAGCAUAGCGAAAGAAACCUUGCUGGAUGCGAAUCAACUGUAUUUGGAGGUUUUCUUCGACGGCACAGUUAGGCAAAGCAUCUACGCUGUUUAUACGAACUUGUGCGAUAUGAAAGUGAGUUGUGCUGUGAUUUGCGAGCCUGAGUUCCUAAAAAAAACAUUCCCUCUCUACUCUGCUUUACCCUGACA